CCACAUUUUCUGCUUUAAAAUGGCUUCUCAACCUCCAGUCCUGCAAAUGGCCCAGUUCCUUUUUGACUGCAGCACCAGAGCAAUAGACGAAGGGUGACGCUAUACUAUUUAUUCACCUUUCAUAUAAACGUACCGUCACUACGGACUGUCUUGCAUUAUACACUCAUGGCCGGUCCAAAUACAGAGCACGAUGCUGUAUAUUUUGCCCUGUACCGCUACACGCCCUCGAUUGCGGCAGCCGUGGUCUUUACCGUGGUGUUCUGCGUGCUUGCCAUUCUCUUCAUCUAUCGCAUAGUCCGGCACCGGACAUUCUUCUUCAUCCCUUUCUUGAUAGGGCUUAUCUUCGAGGCCGCCGGCUACAUUGCCCGGAUCUUCUCGCACUUUGAUACCCAAGCCCUGGGGCCCUACAUCACUCAAACGAUGCUGAUCCUCGUCGCACCGCCUCUCUUCGCCGCCUCCAUCUACAUGACUUUAGGCCGCCUCAUCACCCAACUUAACGCAGAGUCCGCCUCCCUGAUCCGCGUCCGGUGGCUAACCAAGAUCUUCGUCGUGGGCGAUGUCAUUUCCUUCAUCUUGCAAUGCGGAGGAGGCGGAUACAUGGCCGCCGGAACCGAGUCCGCCAUGCUCGCCGGCGAACACAUCGUCAUCGCCGGCCUCGCGAUCCAGCUCCUCUUCUUUGGAUUCUUUGUGCUCGUAGCCUCUCUCUUCCACUGGCGGUGUGCCUCCCUUUCCACAACCACAGCCCUCAAAUCCCAGAGCGGCCGGCUCUCGUGGCGUGGGCUGAUGUGGGCGCUGUAUGCGGCGUGCACGCUGAUCCUCAUCCGGUCUAUCUUCCGCGUGGUCGAGUUCGUGCAAGGCAACGACGGGUGGAUCAUGCACCGCGAGUAUCUGCUGUAUAUCUUUGACGCGUUGCUGAUGGCCGGGACGGGGAUGGUGUUGGGGUUUGUGUUCCCUGGGUCGUUUUUAGAGGGGCCGAAACGCGACGCGUACAGGGUCGAUUCUGUUUGA